GUCUGUUCGGAGUUGGCCAUCUCUGAAAGAGAGUACCAGGCGGCGACGCAACAGCGAUUCUCUCGUGACCUCUGCAAGUAACAUUGGAGGCCUGAACAGUAGUCCAAGCGUUUCUAAACGAUUAAACCAUAGGUUGCGUUCCUUUAUUCCAUCUGGGUCUCCUUGGCCGAAGAAGCGGUGUUACAAUCCAUCACUUAUGGCACCAACGAAACAUUUGAAGAGGGAUGGGAGUGGUCGCCCAUUGGGUCAGAUCAGUGACUACAACAACAAGGACAGAUUGUUUGGGAAAGUGGAAAAAAGGGAACGGAUAUUCAAGCAGAUGUAUCUUCCACCCGACACGAGACCUUCUUUAGAGAGGCAGAAGGUUGUCAAAUUUCAACUCGGGACGAUAUGAUUUACUGCAAGUAAUGAUCAUACCUGCGCCAUCACCUCAAGACAGUCUCAUCAAAAUAGGCGCAAGAUGGUUGAGGCCAAUUCGAAAAUGCGAUUGGUGAUCUCUCACAAACGACUGUUUGUGAUUAGUAUAACCGAUUUGUAGCAGAAUUCGCAUGCGUUGACUCUUCUUCUCCUGUUUUAUGCCUUCCUACGUUUAUGGUCUAUCAUGUACAGAUACAGUUCAUCGGUGACAACCAUUAAAACUAUUGUACCAUAAAACUUUUGUCAGUACUUACUCAUUAUCAGCGACACAACACGAGAGAUGGCAGCUUGAUUUGCAUUGUCCAUGGCGACCAACUGUAAUCACGACGAAACUCCCCUACUCGGAGGUACACUGAUGACCAACACGUAACUGAAUUAUCUCAAUCGUUUCAAAAUCUCAUACGGUUUACACUCAGGUCGUGGUGCGGAAGCUGCCCAGUUCAUACUGGCGAAAUGCAACAAAUGUCCCAAUAUGAAAACUGUUAAGUAUUCCAAUGUCGGCAAUAACUUUUCUUAUCCUGUAAUCCUCUAAUUCCUAUGGCAAUCCCUGGAUAACCGAAGGUGCCAACAUCUUUUACUAUGAAUUGACAUCGACUAGUUCUUGAUGUUAACGUUGGUCAUGUUGGCGAUAUGUCAAAAGCUAAUUUUGAGGGGUUUUUCUCUAACGUUAAUUGCCAUUCCACCGGCUCGGUAGCAUCAUUCUAAUGAGAAUGGCAAAUUGUUUUCGGCGAAUGUCAUCAUGAGUGAAGCAUCAAUGCUAGGACAUCAAGGUUCAUAGUAUACUUGCGCCUGGUACUAAUGAGUAGCACUGAACGUUAGACGUCAAAUGCAAAGCAUUUUCAUUAAAAAGAACCAUGCGAAAGGAUGCCUUUUGACGAGAACUGCUGUCACAGAUGGCGAUGAAGAACCGCUUGGCCAAUGUUUCGAUGGUAGCCACUGUAAGGCUACGUGGAGGAGCCAGUUGGCACUGCUGGCUCUAGGAGGACGGAUCACAGGGAUCACCACAAUUGCUUCGGUGAUCAUAAGGUUCGUCGCUAGCGGGAUUCGUAUAGAAUUUCUGGCUUCAUAUAACGAAACCAUUCUUUAUACAGGCGGAGCGGAUUUACUCAUCAAGGCUUCUUUAAUCGGAUCAGAUAUCUAUUUUUUCUGGCGGAAUUUAAAGGAGGAUUGACUGAUAAAGCGGUGGCAUUGUCGAAGUGUUUUCCCAAACUCCUGAAGUUAGAACUCUACGACCGCAGUGAGGGCGAUAUUCCUGCUGGUAUGAGCGAAUAAGUCAUUGAACAGGCAAGUACUACUUUUAUUUGUUAGAUCUAUUAGAUCUUGUAUGUAGUGAGAUGGAUUACAGGGAGUCAAAUUGAUAUCACAUUAAAACCAUUGGAAGGAUCGUCUUACCAAGGGGGAAACUGCAAAUGCAAGCUCAUUUUUAUAUCAGCCUCAACGACGACGUCAACAGGUGGGUUUUGUUCACUGCUGACCGUAGUUUUUUCCCACAGAUUGCAUCCUGAAAUACCAGAUGACGUAUAGCGCUAAGUCGUUUGUAGCCCAUUCCUAUUAUCAAACCAUCAUUACCCGGGAUGGUGACGGGAAAUUAUACCAUUAGAACGGCUUCGUUGUAAUUACACACUCUGUAACACGGAGGCAUCAUGUCUAUAUGAAAUUGUAUUUCUGCUGUACACACCAUGUUUCAAGUGAAAUCAUGCCAGUUCUACCCCAGCUUAGAAUGAACAAUAUGUACGAUACACAAUCAAUUCACAUCGAUACCUCGGUCAACCAACAAAUGUUGAAUCACUUGAAUGAACUGGCUAUACGCUUGAUGGGUCAAGAUGACGGCUCAUCUACCGGGUACAUAUCAGAACUUCAUUUCUCUUCAGCUCAAUACCUCCCCAAAAUGUCUGCAUAUUGGAAUCCAGUCACCAUGAUUUCCCGACUGCUGCUGUUACUUUCAAUGGUCGUCGAGGUGUACCUCAACAGUACCGAAGCGACCGUCAUCAGUACAGAGACGAAAGAUACAUUGUCCAUUUAUUCACAACCACAGUCAACCUCGCCUAUGAGGAGUUCCUUCGAGUUGGACGCCUUCAUCAAGCGGCAGCUCACUGGUUAUGAGAAGAAGGUCCGGCCAGGAGCCAAGACACCAGACAUUCCAGUGUUGGUCACCUGUGACCUAUUCAUCAAUGACUUCAGCUCAGUGAGCGAGAUUAACAUGGAGUACACCAUGGAUGUGUUCUUCCGACAAAUGUGGAAGGAUGAACGUCUCAAGUUCCGCAACGUGAACUAUAAGAAGCCUAUAGUCCUGGGUCACUCGCACUACAGCGAGCUCUGGGUUCCAGAUACCUUCUUCGUGAACGAGAAAGUGGCUGCUAUCCAUCACGUAACCACGCCGAAUAAGCUCCUCUGGAUUGAGCCUGAUGGGACCAUCUUGUACAGUCAGAGAGUGUCUUUGACCCUUUCCUGUCCAUUCUACCUGGCCAAGUACCCGAUGGAUAACCAGACCUGCCAACUCUUCAUUGAAAGUUUUGGCUACACAAGUACGGACUUGUCCCUAACCUGGAGGAAGGAGAACCCAAUACAGAAGAGGAAAGGACUAGAACUGCCCGAAUUCGACUUCGGCAAGGAGCUUUUUCAUACAUGCACCCACACUUAUAACACAGGAGACUACGACUGCAUCGCAGUGAUGUUCACCCUCUAUCGGAGGAUGGGGUACUACAUGAUCCAGACCUACAUUCCCACCAUGCUCAUCGUCAUCCUCUCGUGGAUAUCGUUCUGGUUGGACGUCAACGCCACGCCGGCCCGGAUCUCCGUCGGCCUACUCACUGUCCUCACCAUAACCACCCAGAGCUCCGGCCUCCGCGGACAACUGCCAAAAGUCAGCUAUAUCAAAGCUAUAGACGUUUGGCAGGCUGGGUGUUUGAUCUUUGUAUUCGGUGCUAUGAUCGAGUUUGCUGUAGCGAAUGUUCUAGCUCGGAGGGAGGAUUAUGCUGAGGAGAAGCGGCUGAGAGCGCUCAGAGAGAGAGAGAACGAGGAGAGGUAUAAAGCCAAAAAGCUCAUCAAAACGGACUACGGAGACCUUACCGACCGAAGUCUCAGCUCCCCAUACCGCAAGGUCAACCAGUUCAUGUCCGAGGACACGAUACAAACAAAGGUGUCGAAUUGCGCGAGGUUGGUCGCCAUCUUUAAACCCAAGCACUACUGUGCAAAGCUCCACACGGUGAAAAGUUCCGUGUGUUUGGAGAACAUGGCCAAAGUUGUGUUUCCGCUUAGUUUUGCUCUUUUUAACGUGGUGUAUUGGCUUUAUUAUAUAAAUAUGAAUAACGACAACAUGUCUCCGCUGUACGAUAUUCAUCUGAAGGAUGAAUGAGCGUGUGCGUGCGUGUGUGUGGGGAUGAGCGGAAGAUCAUUCAAAGGAUUCUGUGGGAUUACUCUACUGGUGGUGUAACAAGCUAGACGUUGGGUCAAUUGCCUGC